UACAUUUUAUUCAACCUUCGUUCAAAUUUCCAGCGAAACCCAUCUCCAUUCUCCCUCCCGGAAAAGCCCUAGCUGAGCUCCGAUCGACCUUCACCAUGGGGGACAUGAACGAGCCUUUCAUGCGUAACCAAAACGCUGCCGUACAGGCACGCACUAAGGUUCAGAACCGAUCCAAUGUUCUUCAGCUAAAGCUGAUGGGUCAAAGCCAUCCCACAGGCUUGACCCCCAAUCUUUUGAAGCUCUUUGAGCCACGACCUCCCUUGGAGUUCCAGCCACCACCUGAUAAGAGAAAAUGCCCUCCUUAUACAGGCAUGGCUCAAUAUGUGAGUCACUUUGCUGAACAUGGAGAUCCAGAGUAUGCUCCACCUAAGCCGGAAGUUGAAACUGCUGCACAGAAAAGGGAGAGAAUUCAUAAAUUACGACUGGAGAAAGGCGUUGAAAAGGCUGCAGAGGAUCUAAAGAAUUAUUAUCCGAAUAAUGAUCCCAAUGCUUCUGGAGAUCCAUACAAGACACUGUUUGUUGCAAGACUUAACUACGAAACCUCUGAGAGUAAGAUUAAAAGAGAGUUUGAGGCUUAUGGACCAAUCAAGCAGGUAUGUAUAUCCCAUCAUUCCCUAACAGGUUCGGUAAGAAUUUUUGAGAUGGCUUCUCGCUCUCAUGUUUCUCUUUGCAAUAUGUUUGAUUUUACGUUCAGAAGUCUAGGUUUUUGAAAUUUUUACGCACAACUUUUUUCCUUUGAGACCAGAGGUCGAGAUGUUUCUGAAUUGACAUGUUUCGCCUUCUUUUAGUCUACUUAUUAAAGCCACUGGGUCUUUUUCUCAUAACUUGCUAAAAUAUUGUAAGUAGUAAAAGAAAUCCUGCUCCGUAUUUUGUAAAUUUCACAAACCUUGGUUGAGAUUUUUCUGGGCAAGUCAACCAUAGGAGCAGGUAUAGAUCAGGUAACUUUCACAUUUUGAUCUGUCUUUUCAAAGGAUAUAUAUAUAUGCUCUUGUUACUACUAUAUCGAGGGGUUGACACUCACAGGUUUCAUAGUGUCUAAGAUAUAUAUUUCUCGAAACCCAUCCUGGUAAGCUACUUUGAAAUAUUUUGUCCCGGUUUUCCCUAUCCUGGCACCUUAUGAUUCAUCCUACGUGGGAAGCAUAUGACAGAACGGUCUUCUACCAAUUCAAAUGGCUCAUUCUAUAAGCAGAGCUAAUCAGAAUAUGACAGAACGGUCUUCUACCAAUUCAAAUGGCUCAUUCUAUAAGCAUAGCUAAUCAGAAUAUGCUUUUCACGGUCAGAGUUUUCUAAGUCGCGUGAGUAUGGAUCUAAUGGCUGACGCUAUUGUCUUCCCGUAGCAAUAAACAUUAAACAUGCGUGUGUGUGUUCUGUAAGAUACUCCUUUGUUUUCUUUCCGUCUGAUAAUGUGUUUAGCGUUUUAUUAUGCACCUGCAAAACAAACGAAACCAUUUAGCAUUUUAACUUGUCAUCAUUUUUUGUUCUA